CUGCAGGCUGUACCUGAAACUAAACAACCAAUUGCAAGGCCCUCCCACCUCUCACUUCUUGUAUCUUUUAGGACUUAUUGCUCUGCGACUAUAGUCGAAGCUCGCAAGCUUCAAUAUGGCAGCAAUUCGUCUCAGGAACGCGAAGGUACCGUUUGAAAUCCACCACGACGAGAUGGACCCCGACGAGUCUUUCGAGGAGCAAGAAGACUUGGGCGAAUCAAGACCCGAGGGCGACGAAGAGGAUGAACAGGACUCGGACUUCUCUGACGAUAGUGAUGGCGUAGUUGACCCGUCUGUACUGGAGGACAUGGAGAAACUUGAGGAGACUUUCAAGGGCAUAAAAGACCGUUUUCGUCUCAUCAAUCGGAUCGGAGAGGGUACUUUCUCGACAGUGUACAAGGCCGAGGAUCUGUUAUACGAGCAUUAUGAUAAUGAUUGGGACAUUGAGGAAAAGGAAAAUAAAUGGACGUCACCACCGUUAAAGAAACAACGACGGAUCGGAAUGGAUGCUCUUGCGGAUAUGGAUGAAUAUGCUCAGCAAAGACGAAGACCGAAAUAUGUUGCUAUCAAGAAGAUUUAUGUCACCAGCAGCCCUUCACGAAUUCUCAACGAAUUGGAUCUUCUUAAUGACCUUCGAGGUUUCGACUCCGUAUGCCCACUGAUCACGGCGUUUAGACAUACGGAUCAGGUGGUUGCAGUGCUUCCUUACUUCAGACACACUGACUUCAGAGAGUACUUCAGGAAGAUGACAGUCGACGAUAUGCAAAUCUACUUUCGGUCACUAUUUACUGCCCUGGCUGCAGUUCACUCAAAAGGCAUCAUACACCGGGAUAUCAAACCAACCAACUUCCUCUACGAACCCGACAAGAGACGCGGUGUCCUGGUAGAUUUUGGACUUGCUGAACGAGAAGAUGGCCCAGACAUGAAACCAUGUUUAUGCGGAGAAGGAGUAACAGAAAGAAGGCGGCGUGUCACGAAUAGUGUGGCAGCACAAACAGGACCAAUAGGAGGAUAUCCCAAGAAUGACUCUCGGCCAUCACGAAGAGCGAAUCGUGCUGGAACUAGAGGAUUCCGUGCUCCAGAAGUGCUUUUCAAGUGUACAGAUCAAUCCAGCAAGAUUGAUAUAUGGUCAGCUGGUGUCAUUCUGUUGACUAUCCUGUCCAGAAGAUUCCCUUUUUUCAACUCAGCAGACGAUGUUGAGGCUAUGAUUGAGAUUGCCACCAUCUUCGGUGUUAAGAGGAUGAAGCAAUGUGCACUGCUGCACGGCACCGUUUUUGAGACAAACAUUCCCACAAUAGGAGACCGAGGAUUCCUGCUUGAGAAGAUCAUUCUGUGGUCAACAUGUAGGAAUGAUGGAGGGAAAGGAGGUUCCGAGAUUCCACUAGAUGCCAAAGAGAAGCUCGCUGUACGAUUUCUGGAGAGAUGUUUCGAGCUGGAUCCAAACAAGCGAAUCAGUGCCGAGGAAGCUCUAGAGCAUGAAUUCUUGAAGAAGAAAGAGGAGGUGUAUGGUGAUGAUGACGAAAUGCACAUGUUGUAAGAUAUACCAUGAGGAUGGCGUUGCUGAGUGAUUGGAGUUGCUAGGCGGGGAAAGCAUAGAAAGGCGUUCAUUGUAUAUAGUUAGCAUUGCUUUGCUGUAUGAUCGCAUUGUUGGGUCUCUGCUUGCAAAUUAA